AUGCUGCCCGCCCCCACGUGCUGGGUGCAUGUGCGAGCUAUUGAGAUCACAGUCAAUCCCUACCAAUGGAAGACCAUGCUGGAGUUCUUCGACGACGCUCUCCAAGACACGCCCAUUCCCUCGGCCUGCAAGCUGCCUAAACGCAAUGGCUUACGACGCUACACGUCUGAGGUAGCACGCGAUGACGAAGACAGCCCUAGAGCCACACCCGACACAAAGAUAAUACUCAGCCACGCAACG